AUGGUCCAUCAAGUUAAAAUAACACUCAGCAAAUGUCUCCGAUUCGGUGUCAUGGCGAUGGUUUUGGUAGCGCUGCUGUCCAUCACACCGUGUAGCGCUCGUCCGGCUAUCGAGGCGGACGAUUUGGCUGACGGUAAAAUUGUAAACCAAAGUGCAAACAUCAACCAGCCGCGGUCGAGCAUAUUGGACAACAUUUUCAACAUCCCAAUCCAGACGCUGAAGGCCGUCAACGAUCUGGUGCAGAGUAUUGCCGGAAAUUUGCAGCAGGCCGGUUCCGGCAGCUACUUCCGGGCUCGCUCGGGCAACAACGUGCGCAACAUCAACGUCCACGUGGAUGGCGAAGAGGAGGAAGCGGUCGCCGAGCAGGCGAAGGCGAAGAAAAAUGAAAUCAAGAACUAA